UUCUUAUUUUCCCUCUGUUUAACGCACAUAUGCCACUUUAAUGUUGAUUCACUAAAUUCCUAAUCUGAUUCAUAAGCAUUGCCACUCAAUUCCCACUUCCAUCCUUUUAUGUGUCAUGCUAGAUUCACAUAUCAAAAUAUGAAAUAGUUCAAUGAAUAAUGAUAUCAAGAAUUGGAAUGUUCAGGUUAGAUUCUAUAGGCCAGGGGAAACAAUAAGUUGGUGCUUGGUGGCAUGCUCAUCAAGUUGAGCAUGCUUGAUUGUGUUUGGAAAAUGCGUUGUUUAUCGAACCAACUCAUGUAGGAUAUGGCUGUACGAUUCACGAUGGAAAUGGUUUAAAGUAAUCAUUGUAACACCAUCGUUAUAUAUUACAUAAUAACAUGUACCGUUUUGUUAAAGUCCAUUUAUCUUUUGUUCAUAGGGUUGUCUAGGAGCAAUAGAUGGAGCUUACGUAGAAGUAACCGUACCCGAGUCCGAUCAACCAAGGUACCGGACAAGAAAGGGACAUAUAAUCACAAAUAAAUUAGGUGUGAGCACUUGUGGCAUGAAUGUUGUCUAUGUUUUUGCUAGUUGGGAAGGUUGAAAUACCGAUUCUAGGGUUAUACGGAUGUAGUUACUACUUAUUAGGCAAAAUAAAAUGAAGGUCCCGCCCAAUAAGCUAUACAAAAGGAAAUAACCGACUACAAAUAUUUGCUUACUUGAAUCAUUAUUAUUUGGGAGUUUUGAGAUACUAGGUGUCAUUUACAGGAAUGGGAAGACGUUGGUUUUGUACCUAGGAACGAGAAGGAAUACUUUCAUAUGAAGCACUUUAUGAGCUAGAAAUAUUAUUGAGAGAUGUUUUGGUAUCUCAAAGAAGUGUUGGGCUAUAUUAUGAAGUUCUUUCUAUCCAAUAAGAUUUCCAGGGUGAAUGGUCGUAUCAUGUGUUUCACUUCAUAAUUUUUUUAUUAGGGCGUAAGAGACUAUUGAUCCUUAGGAAAAUAUAACAAUCAUACUUGAUGAUAUGCUUAUUGGGGAAGAUCAACCAAAUGAGUUUGACUCCAUUAAUGUUGUUGAGGCAAGUGAUAAAUGGUUUCAGUGGAGAGAUGGUUUAGCCCAAGAGAUGUUUGAAUCUUGGAUAUUAAACAAAGUUAGAUUUGAAUUUCUGAUAUUGUUAUUGUAUUUUGGAUGACAAACAAAGUGGCAGCUCUGGACUCCGAUUCUCUAUCAUCGCAUUGAAAAAUCGAAGUCUCAACUCUCAAAUUCGUUGUCUCGCAUUGUCUGCAUCGCUGAAGGCCUGCUGCAUACAGUACACUUGUAUCAUCGGUGGUUUUGCUUCACUCUCACCUCAGCAUCUUCCUUAGACUUCACUCAGUGUCUCUUUCUGGCAUCUUCUAUCUUGAUUUCAGGAGGAUUUAGAAGUGUUCAACGGCUAUGGCUACAAAUAAGGGUCGGACAAGUAGUUUCUCACGGAACUUUUCAGCUGCACCCACCUCUUCCAUACCUGGACUCAAGUAUGGACCAAAUGGCACAAUCUUUCUUUCAUCUGGCGUACCAGAUCUUGACAAGAUUUUAGGUGGAGGCUUCCAUUUAGGAAGUCUGGUGAUGAUCAUGGAAGACACUGAAGCACCUCAUCACAUGCUUUUGUUGAGGAAUUUCAUGUCUCAGGGAUUAGUACACAACCAACCUAUUCUUUAUGCAAGCCCGUCCACGAACCCAAGAGCUUUUCUUGGAACCUUGCCAACUAUGUUAGUGUCGAAAGAUGACAGAUCUCGUAACACUGAUGCAGAACAGAAGGAUUUGCGGAUUGCUUGGCAAUACAAGAAGUACCUUGGGGAAAAUAAGCCACAUAUCGAGGAGCGAGAUGGGAAAGUAGAGUACUGCAAUGAAUUCGACCUACGGAAGCCCAUAGAAAAGCAUUUAAUAAUGGGAAAUCGUGUGGAGUGCAUUAGCCUUUUGGAUUGUUCAAGUCUUGCUGGAUUCCGCAAUAGUUGUUCAAAGUUUUUAUCUCAACUUCCAAGGUAUGAUGGAAAUAUUACAAGUGCAGGGCGAAUUGCCAUCCAAUCAUUGUGUGCUCCACAAUGUGAAUAUUUUGACAAGGAAUGGGAUAUGCUUUCCUUCAUUAGAUCAUUGAAAAGCAUGGUACGGUCUUCAAAUGCGGUUGCUUUUCUAACCUUCCCAGCUUCUCUUGUAUCACCGUCAGUGUCAAAAAGAUGGCAACAUCUGGCUGAUACCUUGUUGUCUGUUAAAGCAAUUCCAGAUGAGGACAAGGAGCUUGCUAAUCUCCUAACCGGUUACCAAGAUAUGCUUGGGCUCUUAAGUGUACAUAAGGUUGCACGUUUCAACACACAGGUUCCAGUAAUUCUAGAUGCAACAACGUACUCCAUAAAGUUGCAAAAACGACGAUCAUUGGUUUUAGAGUGUCUAAAUCAAGCACCUGUUGAUGGGUCAAGUGGGAGUUCUUAUGGCACUUCUGGUAGUUGUUCUGGCUCUUCUAAGACUGGCACCCUUGAUUUUUGAAGUUCGACUCGUUUGUGUAGCUGAGCUUUAUCCAGAAUGGUCACCAUGUCUAGCGGUUCGCCUUUUAGAACAUGUAUGAGUAGCCAUUUUUGUUGUGAGCACGUGGAGCAAAGACAACCGGGGUGUUCAUGGAAACAUCUCUACCCGUGGGGUAGAUGCAAGGUCGGGUUCAUUCGAUCUGGCCUUUACCUGAAGCCGAUGAGACCAUACCUUUUUAACCUUUUGCAGACAGAUGAACCCUGAAUGUCAAAAGUUAAUGUUGAAUGACCAAAACUGUAAAACUGGAGAUGGUGUUUAGAUGUGCUUAUAUUGUUUGUAGUUGUAAGCUUCACGUGAUAUGUUGUGGAAGUAUUUAAAUUUAA